AUGAUGGCAUUUGCACCUCCCAAAAGCAUAGAUGGUCCCAAAAUGCAGACAAAGAUGAGUACCUGGACACCCCUAAACCAUCAGCUUUUGAAUAGCCAGUUUGACAAAUGGACAGACUCUCAAAGGAGAAGAAUCCUCACGGGCCUGUUGGAGCGCUGCUCCCUGUCACAGCAGAAGUUCUGCUGUCGAAAGCUUCAGGAAAAAAUUCCAGCAGAAGCCCUGGAUUUUACUACCAAGCUUCCGAGGGUGUUAUCUUUAUACAUCUUUUCUUUCUUGGAUCCCCGAAGCCUUUGUCGUUGUGCACAGGUGUGCUGGCACUGGAAGAACUUAGCUGAGCUGGACCAGCUGUGGAUGCUCAAGUGCUUACGGUUUAACUGGUACAUCAAUUUCUCUCCAACGCCUUUUGAGCAGGGGGUCUGGAAGAAGCACUAUAUUCAAAUGGUGAAAGAACUUCGUGUUACCAAGCCUAAGGUUCAGCCAGUUACAAGCAAUUCUCCAGAGGAAAAGCAGUCUCCUCUAUCAGCUCUUUGGUCCUCUUCCUCUUUAAGAAAGAACAAUAACCCAGGGAAGAAAGAACUUCCACCUUGGCGAUCCUCUGAUAAGCAUCCAACUGACAUCAUUCGCUUUAAUUACCUAGACAACUGUGACCCCAUCGGGAGUGUCUGGCACGGGUAA